UUUAUGAUCGCUCCUUGGCUUUAUGAUUUGCUAACAAAUGAACAAUACGAUGAAUUAUAUUAUGUUACACCGGAAAUGAAAACAGAACACGAACGGGAACUAAGUUUAUACUUAACAUCAAUUUUAGAAGACCUUAUGGCUGAAAAAAAUAAACCGGUUGAUCCUAUCGAUCUAGCUAUAGAAAAUCAAAAAGGCGUUGGAAGUAAGUCUAAAUGGUGUAAAAAGUGCAAUGCAACUAAUAUUGAUAAUAGGAAACGAAAUUGCCCUCAGUGUAACGAGAAAUUGGAUACAUUGGCUACUUUACAAACCGAAUCUACUA